AUGGUUUGUUGCUUGUCGACCAUGCCUUCUGCCAAGGACAUCCGCGCACGAAACGAGCUUUUUGCCAAGAAAGCGCGCGAAACUCAAAAUUUGCGGGGCAGCAAGGGCCCUAAUAAACGUGGCCUGCUUCAUACACAUGAAGAGCGUCAGAAGACGUCCAAGGUGGUGCAGUACACUGCUUUGUUCUUCCUUGUUCUCCUGGGGGGUGGAUUUGUUAUGGAAAUGCUGUUCCUCUUUAUGCGCUCGUUGAAUUAUGCCUAA